AUGAAUGAAACGAACAAAGGAAACGAUAUAGUAAUGAACGAUGUGACAGAAAACUUGGACGAUUUUAACAAAAUGGACGAAUCAACAGAAAGGACACAAAUUUACCAUGAUGAUUUAUGCGACAAUGAUAUAAAGAUAUGUUUGCCAUCCAGAAUAGGUUUUCUUCCAGCCAUCAAAUCUAUGACGGAUGGAAUAAAAUGGGGAUGGGGUUUUACUAACACACCAAAGGAAUCUUCCAAAUAUUAUAUAAACGAAAUAUUGUGUGGAUGUAUAUUAUGCCUUACUAUGUUACCCGAAAUGAUUUCCUUUUCAAUGAUUGCUAAAAUUCCUCCUUAUAUUGGAUUGCAAGGUGCUUCUUUCCUCUGUUUAAUAACAUCUAUUUUCGGAGGAUCUCCUGCAGUCAUCCACGGUGUGACGGGUGCCUUCGCAUCUGUGUGUUCCAAAUAUUUAGUAGAAAAUGAAAAUGUGAAUGUCUUACCAGAAGGAAUUGAAAGGCUAUAUGUAUGUAUAUUGAUCUGCUCAGUGAUGCUUUUUUUCUUUUCGCUUUUUCAUAUGUCUGCCUUGAUUCAGUUAAUUCCGACGCCCGUUUUUAUUGGCUAUUGUAAUGGGCUGUCUAUCAUAUUUCUGAGGGCCCAGUUACAUACACUAAAGGACCCCAAAACGCAUGAGUAUAUUAAAGGCUAUUAUUUGCUUUUUUUUGUCAUCAUCUGUACUUUGGUGGUUAUCAUAGUGGAGCUUUGGAAGAGGAUUCCCAAGUUGGGCCAUAAGAUCCCGUCCACCCUAAUAGCAAUAACAGUAACCAUAUUUGUGGAAUUUGUAAUCCUGAGGAAAUUCCUACACAACAAUUUCGAUUCGUUCAAGGGCGUGAAAUCCUACACAGUGGGUGAUCUGUUCUCCUUCACAUCGGAUAAAGCCAAGCCUACUUUUCUAUUCAGCAAUAAAGAGUUAAAUUUUACGAAAGUAGUUUUUAACAUGGAGCUUAUUCAGCAAGUUAUAAACAUGUUUGUGGUGUUGCUUCUGGAAGUUCUGAUGGUUAGUGAAGUUAUAAAAGACAUGGGAGGAGCAGAAUGUGAUACGAACGAAACGGUUUUUUCGCUUUUUAUUGGAAACCUUUUGGCAACGUUGGGAAGUGCUGUGGGGGGUAGUAGCUUGUUAGGGUUAUCUGUAUUGAAUUACAGAAAUGGGGCAAGGGGAAAAGAAAGUGGAGUCGUUGCUUCCAUCUUGAUAUAUGGGAUUUUACUCUUUGGAUAUUCCCUACUUAAUUACAUCCCCCUUUCGUUUCUGUGCGGGAUUAUGAUUACUGUGUUUAUUCAUUGCUUCAAAUGGUUUUCCAUCCCCAUUGUGUUCUUUACGUUCUGUCCUGGGUACAUAAGGAACUGUCACCCGUGCAUGAGCAGGAAGAUCUCCAGAUGGGACGCCUUCAUCAUCGUCCUCGUCACGGUUCUAUGCGUCUUCGUGAGUGUGCCCACAGGAGUUUUCGCGGGGAUCAUUUUAUCCGCUCUGGUGUACGUAUGGCAGAGCAAGUCCACAUUUAAGUUUGAAAUAUUUUAUGACAAAGACACAGACACGAAGUACUACGAAAUCGAAGGCCAUCUGUUCUACGCGUCGAAAAAGAUGUUCACGAGGUUGUUCACCUAUGAAAACGACAGCUCCACGGUAAACAUUGUUCUUAAGGGAAAAAGCACCCUCUUUGAUUACACUGCUAUUGAGGCCUUGACGUCAGUGAAGCAACAGUAUAAUUUGAACAACCGAAAUGUUACUAUCCAUGGUCUAAGCCACGAGUGCAUUAAAAAAAUAGCAAAAAUGAAUCACCUGUGCAAGCAAAUAGAUGUGGAUUUGGUCAAAGUGGAGGCUCCAGUCGUGCCCCUCCUGUACAAGCCCUUGCGGACGAUUCUCAAGACGCAAAAAACCAUAAGGAGAAAAAUGUCCUUCAAGAAAAAGAAAAAAAAAAAAGAAACCGUGAGCGACGAAUCCCCAGAUGAAAUGGAACCAUAA